AUUUGCUUUUCUCAAUAGCUUUAAAAUGGUGAAUUCGAAUGAAGAAGACGAAAGGAGAAUUCUUGACGUUGAAGAAUCUCUUCUUACACAGGAGGAAGUGAACAAUCACUUGACCGGAUUGUCUUCUACAGCUGAAGAUGGUUCUAUUGACAUUUAUGGAAACCCACCAUCGAAGAAGAAGACAGGAAACUGGAAAGCUUGUCCCUUUAUUCUUGGAAACGAAUGUUGUGAGAGAUUAGCUUACUAUGGAAUUGCCAAGAAUCUAAUCACUUACUACACAAGUGAAUUACACGAGUCCAAUGUUUCUGCAGCUAGUGACGUUAUGAUUUGGCAAGGAACUUGCUAUAUCACACCUCUCAUUGGAGCUGUUAUAGCUGAUUCUUACUGGGGAAGAUACUGGACCAUUGCUUCUUUCUCUGCUAUUUAUUUCAUUGGAAUGGCUUUGUUGACACUCUCGGCUUCACUUCCGGUUUUAAAGCCAGCGGCAUGUGCUGGCGUUGCUGCGGCUCUAUGCUCACCAGCAACAACGGUUCAGUAUGCGGUUUUCUUUACAGGGCUUUACCUUAUUGCUCUUGGUACUGGAGGUAUCAAACCAUGUGUAUCAUCUUUUGGUGCUGAUCAGUUUGAUGAUACUGACCCGAGGGAACGAGUUAGAAAAGCUUCUUUCUUUAACUGGUUUUACUUCUCCAUCAACAUUGGUUCAUUUAUCUCAUCCACUUUGUUAGUUUGGGUUCAAGAAAAUGUCGGGUGGGGACUCGGUUUCUUGAUUCCCACCGUGUUUAUGGGAGUCUCUAUUGCGAGUUUCUUCAUUGGAACUCCGCUUUAUCGGUUUCAGAAACCGGGAGGUAGUCCGAUUACUAGAGUUUGCCAAGUUCUUGUAGCUGCAUACCGUAAAUUGAAGCUUAAUCUCCCUGAAGAUAUCUCAUUUCUGUAUGAAACACGAGAGAAAAACUCCAUGAUUGCUGGAAGCAGGAAGAUUCAACACACUGACGGUUACAAGAAAAUACCUGUCCCCUUUCAGUUUCUCAUUUUGAGCUUUUGGAAAUGUUCAUCGGAACAUAAACCUUUGUUUUUAUAUCUGUGCAGGUUUCUUGACAAAGCUGCUGUUAUCUCAGAAUAUGAAUCUAAAUCCGGUGCUUUUUCCAACCCAUGGAAGCUAUGUACUGUAACUCAAGUCGAAGAAGUUAAGACUCUAAUCCGUAUGUUUCCAAUCUGGGCCUCGGGGAUCGUCUACUCGGUCCUAUAUUCACAGAUUUCCACUCUAUUCGUGCAACAAGGACGGUCCAUGAACCGAAUAAUCCGUUCUUUCGAGAUCCCUCCUGCUUCAUUCGGGGUUUUCGACACACUUAUCGUGCUCAUAUCCAUCCCAAUAUAUGACCGUUUCCUCGUACCCUUUGUAAGACGGUUCACAGGGAUACCAAAAGGGUUAACUGAUCUGCAGCGAAUGGGCAUUGGUCUUUUUCUCUCUGUCCUAAGCAUUGCAGCUGCAGCUAUUGUUGAGACAGUGCGGUUGCAGCUUGCUCAAGACUUUGUUGCAAUGAGCAUAUUUUGGCAGAUCCCUCAGUACAUACUAAUGGGAAUAGCAGAGGUCUUUUUCUUCAUUGGUCGAGUUGAGUUUUUCUAUGAUGAAUCUCCUGAUGCAAUGAGAAGUGUAUGCAGCGCUUUGGCACUACUCAAUACCGCAGUCGGAAGCUACCUGAGCUCGUUGAUCCUCACUCUUGUGGCGUAUUUCACAGCUCUUGGAGGUAAAGAUGGUUGGGUUCCAGACGACCUUAAUAAAGGACAUCUUGACUACUUCUUCUGGCUUUUGGUCUCUCUUGGACUUGUCAACAUUCCUGUUUAUGCCUUGAUUUGUGUUAAGCACACAAAGAAGAAGGCUUUGUAAGCUAUUUUUGUAACAAGCUAUGUUGUUUUGGUUCAUCAUAUUCAUGGUAUACUCUGUAUAUUGUAAUCUGUACUAGUAGAUUUUCUUAAAAAUAUGAAUAAUGUUUCCGCCAUGUAAAAAGAGACUAGAAAGGUUAUUUGUAAAAAGUAGUAGUUCAGGUUAUUGAAGUUUGCAUGCUUACGAAAGAUCAUCAACAAUGGAGGUUUAAUCAGCUUACAAGAUCUGAUACUUAAACCUAAUACAUGCUCUUUAUUCGACACACUCAUACAUAUUCAGAUAUUCUUUAAAUCUUUGUAAAGAAAUUAGUCUCGGUUUCUUCUGUCCAGUCAGAGUUUGGCUCGUUCCACGAGUUUGGUCUCACACCGAACUGGAAAAACAACGCCAUCUCCAAUGCCUUAAAUAAGUUACUUUCGUCCAAAACUUUGUUCCAUGCCCCACUCACUACACAGUAGUUGCUGUUAUACGGUGCUUGGUGAUGUCCCGGGUGAUCUUUCCGUGAGACAAGCAGUCCCAUGUCCUGCAACGCCAUCACGAGAGGUGGAAGCUUGCUCUUGGUUCCAUGAGCCCAAGCAUGGAAUUGUUGGCUUAACAAAAUGCAAAAUGCAAAUGUGCUCACAAAGCUAUGAAACAGAGGAUUGUUAAUUGCAAGGUUUAGUGGUAGAACUAUAAAAGUUAUGGCUCGAGCGAUAGUGUAUGAAUUGUUGGCGAAUUGACGUUUUGUGAUUGUCCAGGGAUACUUGUGAUGACCCUGAGACGCUUCAAGUUGGGCUCCAACUAUAGGUGUUGAUGCACCACCAUAGUUAUCAAUGGCCCAGUGGUAAACACCGGAGCCUAGAUCAGCAAACACGUACCCUGCAUAACACGCUAAAGCUGGUUGGAGCCAAAGAUGAGAACCAAACCCUCCAAUGAUAGAUUUAGCGAAAGAGGCAAAUAUGGUUGUACUUCCCGCUGCAACCCAUAACCGAUGAGUCCAUGUCGAUUGCAGAGUCGGGUCGUUGUUCUUGGAAAGAGGAGGAUUCACAAGGCGUUUCUCAACUACAAGGUUCUCAUGAUUAAGCUGAGGAUUGGUGGUAGUAACAGAGCAUGUGACACGUACACGCGUUGGACCAUAGCUUCUUGGGAUGUUGGUGAUGGGUCUUAGAGGGUUCUUGGUUUGAAAUGAUACAGCCAUUGAGAGAGAUUAGAGGUCAAAGAUAUCAAAAUUAUUGUUUUU